CUGUGAGUGUAGUUUUGAUUUGCUUGCCACACAUUCCCAAAUCACCCCCUCUUCUCCUUCUAUCCUACCCUUGCUUCAUGCUGGUAAGUGUGUCACUGUAAGCAGUGACAACCCAUCUACUGCUUCUUUAGAGAUGAGAAUUUACACAUAAAGAGAGCAGACUAGGGAGAUCCUAUACAGGCAGAUCCCAUUCCCAUAUAAAAACAGCAAGUCUCUGACCUGUCACUGGUUUCCUGCUUCCCCCUUACACUGAACAGCUGGACUUCAAGACCUGCUUUAUUGUUUGUUUGUCUUCUUUGCUGGGCAAAAGUUCCAAUGACUAAUGUGUAAUAUCACGGGUCUAUGGUUCCAAUGAAGAAGAGGAAGCGAUUUGCCCCCGGAGCCGUUUUGCCCCCCUUGAUCCCCCCUAACGCCGCCGCUGAGCCCACCUGCCCAGCAUUGCGACCUGAAUGGAUGGGUAUGGGGAAAAGGGCCGCACUCUGCUACCCCGGGGCUGACCGCCGGUGUACCCUGGGCCCCCUGCACCUCCUCCUUCUGCUGGCUCUCUGGGGGGACACAGGGUACAGCCAGCAGCAGACACAGUGCCGCAUUCAGAAGUGCACGACGGACUUUGUUUCUUUGACAUCACACUUGAAUUCUGGAAGCGAUGGCUUUGAUUCUGAAUUCUGUAAGGCCUUGCGGGCAUAUGCUGGUUGCACACACAGGACUUCCAAAGCUUGUCGUGGAAACCUAGUCUACCAUUCUGCUGUUUUGGGCAUUAGUGACCUCAUGAGCCAGAGGAACUGUUCCAAGGAUGGUCCCACAUCUUCUACAAACCCUGAAUUUUCAAACGAUGCUUGUAACUAUCACAGCAGGGUCACAGCAAGAGAGCUACAGGUGGGGGAUCAGACUCAACCAAAUUAUCUUUUUUGUGGCUUGUUUGGAGACCCACACUUGAGAACUUUUAAAGACCAUUUUCAGACAUGCAAAGUGGAAGGUGCUUGGCCUCUAAUAGACAACAACUAUUUGUCAGUGCAAGUGACAAAUGUACCAGUAGUUCCUGGAUCAAGUGCUACUGCUACAAACAAGAUAACAAUAAUAUUCAAAUCUUACCAAGACUGCACGGAGCAGAAGGUGUAUCAGGCUGUGACAGAUGACUUACCAUCAGCUUUUGUGGAUGGCACUACUAGCGGUGGGGAUAGUGAAAUGAAGACCUUAAGGAUUAUCGAGAAAGUCGGUGGAAAGCACGUCGUAAUGCAUGCCAAAUACAUUGGGACCACAGUGAUCGUACGUCAGCUUGGAAACUACCUAACGCUUGCAAUUCGCAUGCCAGAGGACUUGGCGAUGGACUACGAGGAAAGCCAAGACUUACAGUUGUGUAUGAAUGGUUGUCCAUCUAGUGAACGCAUUGAUGAGGGUGGACACCUUCGGCUCCCAUUAGCGGUGAACAGCCCGCCCAGUAAUUCUAAUCAAGCUCGCUCAGUGUACACACUGGAGAGUGCCACUGCAACGUGUCUUGAGAAAAUACAACACAAGCACAUCUACUUUAACUCAUGUGUUUUUGACUUGCUCACUACCGGAGAUGUGAACUUUACAGCUGCUGCUCAGAGCGCGUGGGAAGAUGUUGAAACCCUACACCCCAGAAAGGAACGCUGGCAAAUCUUCCCAAACAGUGGAAAUGGAAGCAAGACAUCCGCUUUGCCUGCUGUUGUCCUUGGGCUUGUCUGCCUGUUCUUCGUUGCAUUUUUGUAGGAGUGUAUUAUAAAGUGUAAAAUAUAUAUUGUUAUAAUAUAUUGAGCAAAGAUAAGAGCAUAUAUGUAUAUACCGUGUAUAUGAAGGGAUGCUUGUCUUGGGAUACCCAUGAGAUUUUUAUAUAUUGUGUUUUAUGGUUUCUUUUUGUUUACUUGCAUUGGAUGUAGUAUUACAUUUAUUUUUUAUUUUUAUUUUUUUUGUAAUUUUAUUUUUUCUUCCUUAUGUGUUAUAUGUUCCUUUUAUUGGAAUCUAUUAGAAAGCACUUUAUUUUUUAUCAAAUAUUUAUGUGUCAAUACCGGGGUACGGAUUUGUGAAAGAAAACAUUAUAUAUGUUUGGUCGUGUGUUUAUGUAUAUAAUAUAUCGUUAUAUACACACACACACUAACAUAUUGCUACACACAAACCUUUCUAAGUGUUUACUUUAUUUUUUAUUUUUUUCAACUGUUCUUUUUCCACUUGAUAUUGUGAAAAUCAUUACGUUAUGCAAGAAUUU